GUCUUACAACACGGGGCAGGACUGCAGCCUGCAGGCAUGCCAUAAGCUAAGCUCCACAAAAUACACGAACAAGUCAAAACUAGGUUCUCCAGUUCUGCACUCCACGUCUCCACAGGAAGUAUUCAGAAACACACUCUCAACAUGUACGUUGUUCAUAAUUCAGAAUUGAGAUGCUUCCAAUUAUUUGACUUGAAUUAUUUAAUCACGAGACAAACAAGCGCUUUUUCUCGUCAUCACAAUUCCUUACCAACAUAUCACCUGCAAAUCUUCUCAAAAAGCUCCCAUCUUUAAAUCAAACAAACCGUCUGCCCUUAAUUGCUUUGAUAACCCAAUUGUCCACAAACUGUUCGACGAAUUGCCUCAAAGAACAUUUUUUUUUUCAUAAAUGGAACAUCCCAAUUAUACACCCUCAAAUUUCAUAUCAGUUUACUCAAAUUUGCCAAAGCCAUUUGAGGAUUCAAGCACACAAGAAUUCACUGAUGGGAAGCAGAAGCCCUUAAGUUUGUGGCCUGGAAUGUAUCAUUCACCUGUAACAAUAGCAUUAUGGGAAACAAGGUCUAAAAUUUUUGAGAUUAUGAAUGACCCUUCUGUUGAUCAUCCACCACAAACCCAUUUGCUUACUAGAACUCCUGCUCAAUCUAGGAUGACUGUUUUGUACAAUUUCUCUUCUGAUUUUAUCCUCAGAGAGCAGUACAGGGAUCCUUGGAAUGAAAUGAGAAUUGGGAAAUUGCUUGAAGAUCUUGAUGCCCUUGCUGGUACUAUCUCUGUCAAGCAUUGUUCUGAUGACGACUACACUACAAGACCGUUGUUGCUGGUCACUGCUUCUGUUGACAGGAUAGUUUUGAAGAAGCCAAUCAGUGUAGACAGUGAUUUGAGGAUAUCUGGUUCAGUCAUAUGGGUUGGGUGGUCUUCAAUUGAGAUUCAACUGGAUGUUAGUCAGGCCGUUGAAGGAUCAUUUGCUUCAGAUUCAGUUGCUCUUACAGCUAAUUUCAUUUUCGUGGCCCGGGAUUCAAAGACACGGAAAGCUGCUCCAGUUAACAGGCUCUCUCCUGAAACUGAUAAGGAAAAAAUUUUGUUUGAAGAAGCAGAAGAGAGAAGCAAAUAUAGAAAAAGGAAAGGAGGUUUAAACAAAAAGGAUUAUGCAAAUGGGGAAGUAGAUAGAUUGGCAACUCUUUUAUCUGAGGGGCGCAUCUUCUGUGAUAUGCCAGCAUUGGCAGAUAGAAAUAGCAUUCUUUUGAGGGAUACCCGUCUUGCAAACUCUUUGAUAUGCCAGCCUCAGCAGAGAAACAUCCACGGUAGGAUCUUUGGAGGGUUUCUGAUGCAUAGAGCAUUUGAGCUUGCAUUUUCUACUGCAUAUGCAUUUGCUGGUGUGAGGCCUUCUUUUCUAGAAGUUGAUCAUGUUGACUUCUUGAAACCUGUGGAUGUUGGUGACUUUUUGCGUUUUAAAUCAUGUGUCCUUUACACAGAACUGGAAGAUCCAGAACAUCCUUUAAUAAAUGUUGAGGUUGAAGCUCAUGUUACAAGGCCUGAAAUCAGGUCAAGUGAGGUGUCCAACACAUUCUACUUCACGUUCACCAUCUGUCCAGAAGCGAAGGCUGAGAAAAACAAAGUUAGUAUCCGCAACGUUGUAGCAGCCACCGAAGAGGAAGCACGUCAUAUUAUAGAGCGAAAGGAUGCAAAGGCUUUGCAAGUUAGUAAGUGUUCAAACAAAGAUCUGACCAGCAUUAUUGAAGAAUAAGGGUUAGAAAAUUGCUCACUGUAUAUGUUUAUGUAUGUCUUCGUAAAAUGACUAACUUCAGAAUAUGUGAUGAUUUCUGAUAUCAUUCACAUGUUCUGCAAAAAACAAUACAACAGAACCACUUUCUUAUGCCUUUAUUUAUUGGCAUUUUUAACCAUUAUGUAGCAGCUGUACGAAUUUGCGCAUGAUCAUGGAUCAACUCUUCUUUAUUUAAGAGUUUCAGAAAUUAUAUGAAAUUGUCUACUCCUAACAAGUAUAUCUUCA